AUGCCUGCUCUGUCUUGCAUACUCUUUCACAUCUCUUCUGCUAUGAACGCUGUCGCAAUUCCACUUCACAUAAAGUACGGCGUCUUCCGCAUGAAUCCUGCGCUCCGCCGCAUGGCCAACACUCCAGACAACGCAGUCAGCAGAGCCAGCGCUCAGGCAGGAUGGGACUAUGUGGUUGCACUGCUAGCCGCACUAGUAGCCGGCAUCGCUGGAUGGCGCUUCUUUAAGGUAAAAGAGUACAGCCCGCUGUGA